AUGUCGAACCAAGGAUACUACAACCAGGGCCCCCCCCAGCACUACGGUGGCCCGCCGCCCCAGGGCUACCCCCAAUACCCUCAGCAGGCGUACGGCGGUCAACCACAAGGCUACUACCCGCCCCAGGGCGGCAUGCAGUACCAGCAGGCGCCGCCGCCCCAGAAGCAGGGCGGUGGUGACGGCUGCCUCAAGGCCUGCUUGGGUGCCGCUCUGUGCUGCUGCAUUUGCGACGAGUCCAUGGACUGCUGUCUCGACUGCUGCGCGCUGUGUUAA